AUGCUUUGCACCCAGUGCUCGGAGCACGAGGGACCACCAACUUCCAAUCACGUCAAGUCCGCUGACCAUCAAGGUCAAUCAUCGGGUCAAUCAUCCGAGCAGGUCAAGGCAUCGAUGCGAGCGAGGAUGCGCAUGACUGAAAUCAACGUCUCGCCGGCUGGCUCGACGAGAAGCUCGCAUACCGAGGGAUCGGUGAUUCAACCUACUGAGCACCACACUCACGAAUCCACACCAUGUCCAUCAGCCAAUCACGGUGAAGGGCUCAUGCUCGAAUUCGAUCAGCUGCGAGUAGCAUGCCUCACUCCUCUGCCUACCCCUCUUUCACUCCUCUCAUUACCUGACCACAUCCUGUCGUCCAUCGGCCACUACAUCAGCGAAGACAACAACAUCCCAUACCCCGCUUACGGCCCCUCGUGGCAGUCACUCACUCCACCGCGCAGCUCGCUCCGCCCGCUCAGGGACUAUCGGGCGAUAUGUCAUCGCAUCCGGCAGGUCGUGCCGCUCUCUGGGACGUGGCUCGUGGUGAACAACAUGGCGGACCUACAGAAAUAUGCUUGGAUGUCGGAUGAUGAGCUUGUGCGAAGCGUAUCGCAGGCGGAUGAAGAUUCGAAUCGACAGCGAAUUCAAGGACAAUACAUCAAAUGGCGUCCUCAGCAUCGUCUCACACCUCAUCCGUCUGCUACAACGCAUGCCAAACCUGCGGGAAUUGCGAGUCGCAAGACCGGUACAUGCAGGGCCGAAACACCAUGCGGCUACGAAGCCACCACUGACGUGUUUGCGCUCGCCCGACAUUCACCUGCCUCACCUCCAGCACGUCUAUGUCAAGAUCUCAUGCGAGGGCUGCGCAUCCGGGAUGGAGGCAUUUCUCGUCUCUGUCGCGCCCAACAUACGGUCUCUGAAGAUGUACCUACCAGACUCAAAGGGUCUCAAGCCUCUGCAAGAUACAUUCAAGUGGGUUCGGAGAUGGAUCAUCUUGGGCUCGUAGAGGCGAUCGGGGGCGGGUGUCCGGUUCUGCGAGAGCUGCAUCUCAGUACUUACAAGCAGAAGGAGAUGAGGCUCGUUCUCGCAGUGCGAGUUUGGCUUGACGGAGAAAGCAGCCAACACUGUGUUAUGGUCCAGCAGUCAAGAGAAGGAUGGACGCAGAUCGCGGGGCUCUGGUCGGCAUUCGCCCUUUUGACCCACCUUGAGACGCUCGACAUGGGACUACAGGACCAGCCUCCAAUUGUCACGCAGCCACUGAACGCUGACGAGCUUCCUCGAUUCGAGGCUUGGCAGGCGGAGUGGAUUGACAGGAAGGCAGCAUGGGCAGAGAGGAUGGAACAGGCUCGAGAAGUGGCGGCUCUCCACUUGACGUAUGUCUGCCCAAACCUUCGAUAUGGCUGGUGGGGGUCGAGGAAGACAGUGGAAGCGGGUCUGCGUGAUCACUCGGGCACGAAUGUGUACGAGCGAAGGGGUUGGACGGUGAAGCGGGAUGAGAAUGGUACAAACAUCGUAGACCAGGCGGGGGCUCUAGAACACGUAUGGAUAGUCUGCUAUCCAGCAAAUCGUGCGGCAUGGGCUGCAAGCGAGAGUCGUGAUACUCCAUCCUGGACAGCAGCUGCUGUCUCCACCGUCUCUCGCCACCCACUCCCUCCACUGCCUCACCUUGCCACAGCUCUUGCAGCCACUGCCACUCGUGUGUUCAGCACAUGCCGAUCCUGUGCCGAUGCGGGCCGAGACCGAUUCCAUCAGCCUCCGAAAUCCGAAACUACCGGAAUCGGACCUCCACCUUGA